AUGGCGACCUCCCAGAAACGUCCCAGAACACCAUCUACCGAUUACGGGCCCUCACUCAGUCCGCCAACACUCGAAGAAAUCACUCUUUGUUAUUUAUCUGUGGACGCAGCAUUACGUAAGAAUACAAAUAACUCUCACCCACUAGCAGUGGCAGAGGGUUCUAUCGCUACUACAGAGAUAAGAACAACAUCUAGCGAUCAUGAUAGCAGACGUUCGGGUCAUGUCUCGCCGUGGGUCAUAAUUGUUUAUUUGAUUCUUGUUGUCAAUGCUAUAUUAAUGUCAGCUGUAAUAAUAAUAUUGAUUCUUCUGAUAAAGGAUGCCAAUCAUUACAAUAAAAAACGUCCAGCUCUAAUCGCUUGGCUUACAAUAGAGUCCUUGUUUCGUCUGUGCGCCGUUUGCUUUACGGCCGUAAAAUAUCCUAUAACUCAUACAACAAUCCAUUCGCUGGGAAUAUUUUUGGGAAAAGAAUAUUACUCCACCUUGGUCAAUUCAUUCUGGCCUGACUCUGAUCCAUUUAAAGCGUUUGUAAACCUGCCAGGCAUUAGGAUUGAUCUCGUAUGGUUUAAGCAAGGCUUGUGUUAUGCAUUGGUUAAUACAAUCAUUGGCAUCUGGAUUUGGGUUACGACAUGGGAAGCGGUAACAGAUGUUAAAGAUGAUUAUGCCAAAUUGUUAGCUAUAGUCGGUCUAGUUGCGUGUAUAACUAAUAACAUCAGCUGUCUUAUCGGCACUCCCCUUGUAAUUUGGGCGAGUCUCCGCACACCAACGAGUCAUGAUGAUGAUGUAGUAAUGAGCCAAAUAGAGACGCGGGUUUGA